CUCGACGUCUACCCCCCAAGGCCCCCUGCUAUUCCCAAACCGCCCUCCGCCACCUCCUCCACUUCUUCCCUACGUGGGCUAGACCAGAAGAUCCCACUGCGACAUAGGGUACUCAUGCUAUCGAGGGUUCCAUCUAAAAGCCGAGGCAUUUGGACUGAAGAAGGAAAGGCUCCUUUGGAUGAUGAUACAUGUUCUGUUAAGAGGGCUUUACAUUAAGAUAAACCGGCCAAUUGGAAUUGUUUGCAAUCUUAGGGAGGUCUCCCCAUCGAAAACUUGAUCGAGCAGAAAAUUCAGCCUGACUGGGCAGCCAUUUUGGUGAGAAAAAUGUUGGAGAAACUAGAAACUGAAGAGUCUUAUGCUGUCGACAACCAUAAGUGCAGGGUGCAUAAGGACACGAUCAAUUUUUGCCAGGGCGUCUUGCGACGCAAGCCUCUUGAUUGGGAACCUGUAGAACGGAACAAUUUGUCUCAUCCAAUCCGUCGUGCAGAUCUAGUGAUCACUGUUGGUGGAGAUGGUACUCUUUUGCAGGCGAGCCACUUUUUGGAUGACUCGGUUCCAGUUUUAGGAGUGAAUUCGGACCCCACGCAAGUUGAUGAGGUUAACAAGUUCAGUGAUGAAUUUGAUGCAACAAGAAGCACUGGCUAUCUUUGCGCUGCUACCGCAGGUAACUUUGAGCAGGUGCUAGAUGAAAUUCUCGAGAACCAUAAGCACCCGACUGAACUCACAAGAAUAUCAAUCAACUUGAACAAUCGUCAAUUACCAACCUUUGCUUUGAAUGAUGUUUUGGUUGCACAUCCUUGUCCAGCAUCAGUUUCUCGAUUCUCAUUUCGAAUCAAAAGCAGCCGAGAAGCGAGUUCACAUUUAGUUAACUGCCGAUCAAGUGGUCUUAGAGUUUCUACGGCAGCAGGAUCAACAGCUGCAAUGCUCUCAGCCGGAGGCCAUCCCAUGCCCAUCUCCAGUAAUGGCCUUCAGUACAUGGUGAGGGAGCCGGUUUCACCGAGAUACCUUGACACUCCAUUGAUGCAUGGAUUAUUAGAACCUGAUCAGCUGAUGCAUAUCGCAUGGUAUAGUCAAGAAGGUGUCAUAUAUGUUGAUGGCUCGCAUGUCAAGCAUUCAGUUCAGCAUGGAGAUACAAUUGAAAUAUCGUCAUUGGCUCCCAUGUUGAAAGUUUAUCUUCCUCAAAAAGAGCAUCCAUAAACAACUUAUCCUCGUAAUUAAUCGCCUAGCCUGAUUGAUGAAAAUGGAUGUGGUAUUAAUCUUGGAAAUAUGGUGCCAUUGAAGCAGCCUUUUAUUUUUCCUUUUUCUUUCAAUAUUAUUGCGUCAAUUUCUUUGAUGUACAAUUUGCUUCCUGAUCAGAAUUAGUAUCAAAAUUCAACUCAAACCUUUUGUACUCUUAUGUAUAAAGAGAAUGUUAAUAGUGUCUUUGCAUGAAGUCAA